UCAAGAAAUAUGAUCAACGGUCUUAUCGUACAUUACAGGUUCUGACUAACAAUGAUUCAUCAAUAUUAAUAAAAUUUAGGAGUGGGUCCGGAUAUCACUAUUUCUUGGACUACUUGUCUUCUUUCACUUACUAUAAAUUUGCUUCUUUUUCAGCUGCAAAACAACCAUACAUACACAUCCAUUUCAAAAUUUGAUAAACUAACAUCUUAGUUAAAGAAAAGCCUUUUCAACCGCAUUGCAUGGGGCCUUGUUCACACCUGAUUUUAGCUCCACCAUCAUCAUCUUUUUCCAUGCACACGUUCAUCCUUCUCUGCUGCUUUGGCUUUUUUUUCACCUCUGUGCUUGGUAAGAAUAAUGAGACAGACCAGUUGGCAUUGCUCGACUUCAAAGCCAAGAUUAGUAAAGAUCCUCUCGGGGUCAUGAGCUCUUGGAAUUAUAGCAUCCACUUUUGCCAAUGGAAAGGUGUUUCCUGUGGUCGCCGACAUCAAAGGGUCACUGCGUUGGACCUGCACUCUCAAAAACUGUUGCUAUCAAGGUGCUGAACCUUGCACGUCGUGGAGCUUCCAAAAGUUUCAAAGCAGAGUUUGAGUCUCUAAGAAACAUCAGACACCAAAAUCUUGUAAAGCUACUCACAGCAUAUUCGGGUAUUGAUGAUCAAGGUCAAAAUUUUAAGGCAUUGGUAUAUGAGUUCUUUGGAAAUGGUGACCUAGAUGAGUGGUUACAUCCAACACCAAUAACUAAUGAGUCUUUUGAGAAUCCAAGGAAAUUGAGUCUUAUUCAAAGACUAAAUAUCGCCAUUGAUGUUGCUAGUGCAUUGGAUUAUCUUCAUCAUCAUUGCCAAACACCAAUUGUUCACUGUGACCUCAAGCCUAGCAAUGUUCUUCUUGAUGAUAAAAUGAUUGGACAUGUAAGUGACUUUGGCUUGGCAAAAUUCCUUCAUGCUAUCAUCCAAGAUUCUUCUGCUAACCAAUCAAGCUCAAUUGGGAUCAGAGGAACAAUCGGUUAUACUCCUCCAGAGUAUGGUAUGGGAAAUGAGGUAUCAAUAUAUGGUGAUGUUUAUAGUUAUGGCAUAUUAUUGUUAGAGAUGUUUACGGGAAAAAGGCCUACUGAUAGCAUCUUCCUCAACAGCUUAAAUCUUCGUGACUUUGUUAAAGCAAGUUUACCAGAACGAAUAAUUGACAUUAUAGAUCCUAAUCUUCCCUGGGAAAGACAAGAGGGAGAAAUAAGAAUGAAUGACACUGGCAAUGAGGAUCAAAAUGGAAGUCUCAAAAUUCAAGAAUGCUUGAUUUUGGUACUCCAAAUUGGACUUGCUUGUUCCACAGAAGUUCCAAGAGAAAGGAUGGACAUCACUGAUGCUUUUGUUGAAUUGCAUUUAAUUCGACAAAACCUUUUAGAACCUGUAUCCACCGAUAAAGACUUCAAGCUACAGGUGCACUAGACUGAAUGUUGAAGCUCAUUAUUCUAAUACUUUGACAUCAUGUUCGGGUGUAUUUGGCGUUUUUAGCACAUUUGGAGGUAACUUGGGAAGAUAUGUUUUUUUUUUUUUUUUUUUUUU